GCCGCCGCAGCCGCUCCUCCGUCGUAACUCCGCCGCCCGCUGCGCCUCGUUGUUCUCGUCCCGCUUGCGGCGGCCGCGCGCCACUCGCUGACCAUGUCUGCGACGGACGCGGAGCCGGCGGAGGGCGGCCAGCGGUGGGUGCCCACGCACGUGCAGGUGACGGUGCUGCGGGCCAGGGGACUGCGGGCCAAGGGCAAGCACGGCACGAGCGACGCCUACACCGUGAUCCAGGUGGGCAAGGAGCGCUUCAGCACGGCCGUGGUGGAGAAGAGCACGUCUCCCGAGUGGCGCGAGGAGUGCCUCUUCGAGCUCGUGCCCGGCGCCCUGGAGGAGGCGGCGGCGGCGGGGCGCGGCGCGUGUCCGCCGGGCAGCGGCGAGCUGCUGCUCACGGUGAUGCACCGCGCGCUCCUCGGACCCGACGUGUUCCUGGGUCAGGCGCUCAUCCCUCUGGACAAACUCUUCCAGAAGAGGCUGUAUCCCAAAAACGAGUGGUACAAGCUGCACUCCAAGUCAGGGAAGCGGGAGAAGGAGCGGGGGGAGCUGCAGGUGACCAUCCAGUUCACCCGUAACAACCUGACCGCCAGCAUGUACGACCUCUCCGUGAAGGACAAGCCGCGCUCCACCCUGGGUAAGCUGAAGGACCGCGUCAAGGGCAAGAAGCGGGGGGACGCGGAGUCGACCUCGGCCAUUGUGCCCAGGGGCUACGCGGCCCUGUCCGGCUCAGGGCGCUUCUGCGACGAGGGGGGAGGGGACGAGGACGUGGAUGACGAGGAGGGAGGAGUGGCCAGGAGGAGCAAGGUGAAGAGCUUCUUCCUGAAAGGGAAGCUUCGCAAGACUUUGGACACGCGGUCCAGCACGUCGCUGGCCUCAGACGGCAGCGUGCCGUCCUCGCCGGGCGGCAGCCUGAGCCCCACGGCGGGCAUCAGCAUGGUGGUGUCGGACCUCUCCAACUCCCCCAGCAACAGCAGCAACCUGACCGCCGACAGCAGCCCCGUUCCCACAACCCAGCCGUCCCCCGUGCUGAUGACCCACAAGCGAGCCUUCAGCGAUGAGGCCAGCAAAGUGACGACCUUCCUGCCCUGGCCUCGCGCCAUCGAGAACCUGAAGGCCCAGAGCAGGGCGCUCUCUCGCUCCUCCCUCUGCAUCAACGGCAUCCAUGUGUACGGCGGCGAGCCCGCGGUCCCUCGGAGCGUGAGCGUCCUGCAGACUCGCCUGGGGCUUCUGGACAAAUGUUCGCCCCUGUCCCGCUCGCUGCAGAACCUGACACGCCGCGGCGAGGACCACGCCAGAGCCGUAGGAGGCGGCCGACGCUGGUCCUUCGACAGGUCCGGCAAGGAGGAGAAGGCUCCCUUGUCGCCCUGUCCGGGCCGGGUGGAGGUUAGCCCGGAGGAGCGCCCCCUGGUGCCCCCCGUGGCUCCUGCGGCCAAGCCCGAGCCGGCAGACGAGGUAAAGAAGCCCAGGAAGAACUUGUUCUCCCAGGGUAGGAGCGAGUCCGCUGGGAAGGGUGCGGGCGCUGCGAGGGGCCAGCACGGCCAGGGUCCAGCCUGUGCCGAGGAGAGACACAGGGGCUGGUUUGGAGCCAAGGACCCCCAAAACAAACCAAGCCCGGAAGUGUCUCCUAAGGUACAAACCAGCUCAGAUGCGUCCUCUCACCUCUCACCUCACCCACCUGAUCACUUUUUCUCCUCUCCUAGUCCUGCUUCUGCUCCCAGUGUGGAUGCCCCUGGCAGCCCAUGUCACACUAACCCAUUCACCCCAGCAGCAGCCACCCCACCCAUGUCUCCUUCCAACCCUUUCUUUACCCGUCUGCAGUGCAACCCUUUCUUUGAGGAGCUCAUAGCUGACCAGACUCUAAAGUUUGCCCCCUGCCAUUCUAGUUCUCCCCCUUGGCAUUCUAUAGCAUCUCCGUCCUGCCCCAGCACUGCCAGUCCCUUCCUCAAGAACACAUUGAAAGAAGGCGUCGUCUCCAACAUGGAGCGCCCCGUUGGCAUUGUCAGACAGAACUCCCUCCCUGAACAACUACCAAUGGCUCCAGGCUCCGCCAUGAUCAGAUCCUCCAGCAUAUUGUCCACACGCUCCAUGUCUGAGAACUAUGCAGAGUGGGAUGACUCAUUUGAAGCAUUUGCAGCAAGCCGGCUGAAAUUGCCAAAAGAACCUGUAUCUGGACAAUUGUCCGGAGUGUCCUCUGGAAACAGGACAAACGCUACCCCUCAAGAUAGGCCGACAGGGCAAAUUGUGGAGGAGACAGCUGUGGAAGUUGUGCAAAGUGGGAAUGCGCCACCUCUGCCUCCACGUAGGCCUUCAAGAGUGCCAGUCAAAGAUCUACAGCAAGACAGUUGGCUUGACUGGGCUCAGGAGCUGGCAGUAAAGAAAGAGGCAUGCCUGUUGUCCCAGACAGAUGCAGCCUCGUUACAGCACCAGAGGGAGCAGGAUCCCAAGAGAACAGGGACCCAUCUCUUUCAGAGAUCAUCCUCGGAGACUGAGCCUAUCAGUACGAGGGAUGGAAACAGCUGGGGAUCUGGCUGUAGUCCAUCUUUUCCAUCUUUAUUCCAGAAGCAGACCACAGAGACCCCCAUUGCACAGUGCAACUGUAGCCCACAGCCAACCAGUAAUGAAGCUAGCAGUGGAGACAGGAGCUCAUCAGAAACAAGAUGCUACUCUGCUAUGUCGACAAGCAGUGAAGAUGCGACUACUAUCAGUACUGCCAAUGACAACGCCGUCAACGAGGUACAACCUCUCAAGAAUGUUGUUGAUAAUAGUACUGUGACUUCGAGAGAAGAUGCGGCCGAGAUCAAACCUUCGGUUUUUGACCUUCCUUCCAUUUUACCUGAAACAAACACUAAUGCACUGGACAGUUUGCUUGCUGAAGCUCCUAAGGCCAGGCUAGAUCCCACGCGAUGUAUCCAGACUCACAAAAUAUUUGAAGCUACCUUUGGAGAGUUAAAUUGGACUGAUAAUGUGUCUGUCAACACCUCUAAAAUUGCUGUAAUCAAACCAGCUGCCAACUUGAGUAUCAAUUCAGUUUAUCCUGCCAACCAAGACUCUGGUGAAAAUUUUGACGGUUUAGAACUCUCAAGUACAACUUUUACAAAGCGGCCAUGUGCAGCAAUUACUGGAAAAGUAGAAGUUAAUAAUAACCUUGACAUAAGUAAUUUAGCUUCUAACGACAUGCUUUCCAAAAGAUCUUCAUCCUCUUUUGCUGAUCCUGUUGAAUCUGCUGAAUUCAGUUUAAUGUCUAAUAAUUCUAGAAAUGCUGCUAAAACUUCUCUCGAGUCAGGUCCACCUGUUUCUACCACAGCCUUGGAGCUCAAGGAUUACUCUUCACUUUUCCAGUUGUUGCCAUCAAGACACCAGGACAAAAACUUUGUGUCCAAUACCACUGAUGAGCACCAGCUAGUAAGGGUGUCUGAAGAGCAACAGAUCUUUGCAAGGAGGCCCAGUUUCACUUUCAGUACACAAGUGAGUUCAGAAAACAAUCUUCAACGAUCCACCUUCACAUCCGACGAUCCGUCCAGCAGGAAGAAUAUGAAAGACUCAGCUUCGCUACAUAUACACCCCGAUAAUAUAGAGAAAGGACAGUCAUACGUGAUACAAUCGUGUGGAAAUGAUUUGAAAGAGACUAUUACCUUAACAUCUCACAGUUUAGAUGUGAACCAGCUCAGUCCUCUGAGGUCAGAUUUAUGUGGACUCGGCCUUUAUGCUGCUGAUGGGAAUGCGUUCUCUGCCUUAGAAUUGGGUGCACAACCUCCAUGGCCUUCAGAAGGGAAAAAUGGAAAUUCCUUGGUGCCUUCUGAGGCUGACGCUAACGGUUCCCCAACAGGCCUUUCCCCCUGUAUAAUAACACCUUCAAGGGACGGGACCCAGGUUUUGAGGGCACCCUUCAGGGAAUGUGCGCGGAAGGAACAAGAACAGAUCCACCCACCAUCCUCACCCCCUCAGCUUUCCGAUGAAGUCUUACCAGAGGGUCAUCAUGUAGACAAAAGUCUCGUGGUGGAAUUUGAGGAUGUAUUUCAAGGGAAACCAUUGUAUGACAAAGGGGCACCUUCUUGUGGUCUAAUCCUUUGUUCAGGCAUGGAUCAAGCUCAGCUUUACAAGAAUUGUCAUUCCUCCGAAUGUGCUGAUAAGCCUUUGGGUAAGGAAGGUAAAGAAGAGACGGACAGCUGGACAAAGGAGCUCGGCGAGGCCCUUGGAGAGAUCCACUUUCAGUCUCAAGGACUUGCAGAACAACAGAUGGAAGCCAAGUCUCCCACACAGUCCAUUUGCAGCAACCCCUUAACUGUCACCGCAGACAUAAAAAUUAGCCUUAACAGUGCACUGCUGAAAUACGAUCAGCAGGAAUGUGCAUCACUGGGGCCUUCCCUCUCCGAGAGCAUGAAGGAGAUAAGCUUUAAGGACAUCCACGUCAGCUUGGCCCCAGACUGCAGAAGCCACCGCCAAACUGACCAAACAUCUGAGCUCCAUCUGUCCUCUCGGGCUUCCUCUGCCUCCUCUCCUGCAGCUGACACUAAUUCCCAGUCUGCCCUUUCCCCUUCUCCCAACCUGCCCCUCUUGAGCGUGAGGCCAUCAGCAGGGACCACCCAAGCCGCCGCCCCCUCCUCCACUGUUCAGCCGUUGAUUGGCGCCACGCACAUGGUUUUGCCCGAGGAGACACAGCUGGCCUCCAGCUUCCUGUCCCAUCAUGAGAGCAGCCCACAUCCAGUGAAGCCACUGACUACCGCAGCCAUCCAGGGUGAGAAGAAGGCGGAGGGCCGCUCCGUCUUAGCAAGUGGCUUGGAAAAGCUGAAGUCCACCAUUCACCCUGGCAGAACUUCUGUUCAGAGUGAGUCUGAGGGGAGCAAGACCGACAGCUCGGCCCAGUACCAGCACUUGUCCCGCGGGGAGCUCGUCGCCCUGCUGCAGCAGAAGGAGGCCGAGCUGGAGAAGCAGAAGGGGGAGUUUGAGAAGCGGGCUCUGCUGCUCGAGAAGCGGGAGGUGGAGCUCAAGAAGUUGAAGAUGCAGGUUCGAGACCUUGAGGACUACAUCGACCGGCUGCUGGUGCGCAUUAUGGAGCAGACGCCCACGCUGCUGCAGGUGCGCUCCAGGUUCAAGUGAGACCUGCGACAGCGUGUGGGACAGCGGGGGGGGGGAGGUUCACAGCCCAACCUGCACCCCCCAAAAUCACAGGUACAACGACUCAACUCCAUGUUUCUUCAAGGCUCUACUGCCACUUCAUAUAGAUCAAGUGCGGAAAAGGCAGGUUUGCAUGCUGUGCUGCCCGGCGAGGGGAGGUGCCCUAUUAUCAAAGGAUUCGGCUUGAGCGCACGGACGGCUCUGGUUCCACCGGAGUGGCUUGGACUUCAGGAAGAGGGUGCGCUUGGACCUAAAGCCCUGGACGAGUAAGAUGCAUAGAGUGUUUGGUGCUGCUGGAGUUGGACUCCUGAAGAACGAGGACCGUAGUUUGAGUCUUCACAAUUCACGCCGAAGGAGUGAGAACGUCUGUGUGGAUUCAUCUUCGCGCUUCAUCGACUUGCUCUUUCUUCCACAGUAUGGUGUUUUUCAGCUUCUGAUCUUCUCGCCACUGUACAAUUGGACUAUAUUAAAGACUGGAGAAGUUCGGUAGCUGUGGUGGCGUGUGGACGGUGAGCACAAGGGCAGAAUGUGCCACGACUGGACUGUAUGUUAGAAGGUCCAUGUGCAGGACUGUAACUCUGUAUCUCCUAGUGAGGAUAAGCCAUCGCUGCUCUUGCAGAUACGAGCUUGGACGUCCCGCUUUAUUUGUCGCAAAGAGUGCCGAUAAUUUGCAUCUGCUUGUCUCCACUCUCCUUCCUCCUCUCCGGAGAACUCUCAGUUCCUCAAUUCCCACCACAAUUUGCCGAGGGAUGCAGAGAUGCGGAGAUGCUGAGCGCCACCGCUUUAUGGGGCCCUAGUUUGCUGGUUUUUUUUUCCAUCCUUACAUAAGUCCAGCCACGUUUUCAUAACAAAAUUAAAAAUAGAAGCCAUCAUUCUUAAUAUAACGACAAAGUUGCAAAGUGAUACCUGUGAAAAUGGCAACGGUUCAGUAAAGACAAAAUGAGCUUCAGUUCUUCAGUCAUGUUGUUCAUCUUUACCUUUUUUCCAAGCUUAGUGGUUAUUUAUUCCUUGUCUGUGUCUCCCAGUUGUCUGUUCUGACCUGUUUUUUUUUUUUUUUUUUUAUAUAUAUUUUUAUACAGUAUUAUUGCUGUGAUUUAGCACUGUGACAUGUUGGCGUCUUUCCAUCCCGACUGCAAAGUGUCAAAGCGAAUGUGAUUUACCUCUUGCUGUCAUGUAUUAUAUAUAUUUCAUAAUAAUGUCAGUUCCGUGUUCCUCAUCUGCAUACAAGACCACUAACCUCUGUAACGUUGUUUUUCGCUCUACGCAUCUCAAAUUAUUCGGUCAGUUUGUUUUUUUGGCCUAAAGAAUGUACGUGUAGCAGUGCACAAGAGGGCAAGUUUACAAUUGUUCAUAUACUUGUCACCUUCUUUUUAUAUUUAAUAACGGCAACUUGUUUGCUGUACGUCAGCGUAUCACCUUUCGCUUUCCCGACGCUGUAUGAAAACGCGCACCUAGCAAAUCAAGUAUGGAAAUAAAGCGUUGUUUUAGUCACGGCUGCCGUGAACGCAGUUCUCCGCGUUUCGGACACUGCGGAACGCGUUCGUUUUCGCCGUUUGGCACACGAUCACGUGGAGGAGAAGCCUUACGGCACUUGGACGUGGAAGACAAAAGGUCCCUGUGUCUGCGCUCCUGCUGUGGGCUCAACGCUCUCCUGCUUCCUGUGUGUUCGAACCCGAGCUCGACGUGUCAGUAUUCAGACUAUAAGCGCUGGAUAAGUUCGUCGUUUUCCCUUCGCUGACAUUUACCGGUGUAAAGGUGCAAGAUUCUGAGUCAUGGGUCUUAACUGGGGGGAAUUGUGUCAGUUAUUAAAAUUGUAAUAAAUGUGUGGCUCAUCUGCCCACGACCGGACAUAUUAUUGUGCUCAUUUUUACUGACCGAUUUAUGCGACGCUCGUUUUUAUGAGCAGCGCUGGGUCAAAACGAUAUACAGGCAGGAAGAGUGGAGUGAAAAAUUGCAAAUACUUUUAUAUGUACAGAACAAGGGCAGAAGGUCAAGAGGUUACAGUAUUUCAUAGGCGUGAUCACGUCGCGCUGCCUAAUAGGUUCCAGAAGGGCGACCGUACGCUCCAUAAUGCAUCAUGUCGGUCGUUGUGCACAUCAAAUGAUAAUGUUUCAAGUGGGAAAAAUUAAACACUUUGGUGAUCACUGUAUUUGUGGGGGGAAUAACAGUAAAAUGCAUCCAUCUCCUUGCCAAGUAUAUAAGAGUGAUCGGAGUUCGUCAAAACAGAAUUUGACUCGUGGUUUAACAAGAAAACAGAGGGGGACCUUAUUAUUUUUUACACGGAUGUUUAUGAAUU